AGUACAUUAAAUUGCUAUUUUGGUUGGCCUGAUAAAAUUAUAAAAAUCAUCGCAAACGCAGUCAGCUGGGUAUGAUUAAGUGUUGAGUGCACCUCCGCGCUCUUGAACAAAUCCCCACCAGGUGGAAAUGAUAGCCGUGUGCAGGGCAUUCUUUAUCCAGUGAUUCACGGCGUUGACAUUGAAAAACAAACGCAAUGCCAGCACAGUGGGCGUGAGCAGGCGGAAGGGGUGUAAUCGCCAGGAAGGGCAAGGAUUCAGUGCAAGGACACGGUCGAUAGGAGCAGCUGGCCAGUGUCCAACGACCACGAUGCCCUGCGAAAGUUGCGGUGUGGAAUUCACGGUGUUCCGUCGCAAGCGUGCUUGCUUCGACUGCAAACGCUACUACUGUGCCAACUGCAUUGCAUCCAGGCGGUGCAAACGAUGCUCUGUAUUCGCUCAGCGACCACUGUCAAGGACAGAUCUAUUAAAGCUCAAGCCCAAGGACCUGAUUUUCUAUCUGCAGUCCAAACACAUCUCCACUGAAGGCUGUCUAGAGAAAGAGGAGCUUGUAGGACUGGUUCUCACCCAUGUGGCCCAGGUUGACAGGAGCCGAGGCUCAAACGCCUCCUCCAAUAGUCCGGGUCGGGGCCAGGCCAAUCCCAUCGACAGCCUUAAACAGUCGUGCCAAAACUUCUUCUCCAACCUAAGCGAUAACAUAAGUGAUUCGCUAGCCUCGUUCGAUUCCAAAGUUACCACAAAGCCGCCGGAGAGCAGGCAGCCCGAGGUGCCCACCCACAUCUUCGAGCAGCCGCGAGUAUCUACGCGUGAGAUACCCACUUAUGCCAGUGCCGUAAACGGCGGACCGCAACACGUGCAUGUCCAACAGCAAGCCACAACCACCAAUGGUGGCAGUCAAAGCAGCAGCAGUCCCUCGACUUCCACGCAGUCAUCGAAUAAUCGCGAUGCCAGUAGCAGCAGCCAGGCCCAUGUGGCUCAUCAGGAAGCGAGAAAUGAAGAGCAGGAAGACGCGCAAAGCAAGUCCGACUGCGAGUGCUCAGACGAAGAGAUUAUGGCCACGUUCAGUGAGCGUGUUUCGAUUUCACUCAAAACCGAUACCAGUGGCCGGAGGGUCAAUGCUGCGGCAGAGCCCAGUCCUGUUGAUCUGGCGAACGUAGAUAAUGGACCUGCAGGGAACACAGCACCUAGUCCAGGCUGCUCCAAGCCGGGGUCAAGCAGCUCCAAGGCAGAUGCCUCCUCGCAGUCAAGUUUUGAGGAGCUGGGCGCCAUUGGUGGCAUCUCAGACGAGAGCAAGGCCAACACGGACACCAACAGCAGUCACCUGGAUCAGUGGCAGGUGCUGGAGGUAAACCGGAUCGAAGCUGUAGAAGAGACGCCGACCACGAGUGCCGCCGAUGAGAUAUUAGAGGUGACAUUGCGCAGCAGGCCGGCGGUCGAGGGUGAUGAUAGUGAGAUGGGCGAAAGUACUCAGGCACUUAACGUAAAUCAGCGCCCGGCCAACCCAAGUCCGGCGUUCUAUCCCGCCGUACCGCAGCGCACAAAGAAAGUGACUCGAAGACGAUCCGAUGGUUACUUGAAUCGCCGCUACCAUUCCAGCGAUGACGAGUCGCCUGUGGCGCCAGGUGGACCUGGCCUAAGCCUGGGACUUUCCACGCUGAGUGAACACCCAGAGCACGGCUUGCAUCCGCACUCCCAUCGCCAGAGCUGCCAGCGCUGCGGUAAGAAUAAGACAAACAUUCGUCGACAUGUUGAGAAAAUGCGACGCCAUCUGGAGAACUCGCAAAUGUCCGAGGAGGACAUCAAACGGGAGCUCCAGGAGUUUCUCACGUACCUGGAGCAGCGAACCAAGUCGGUGGAUGCCUCCGAUGCGGACAGCCACGCGGUGUCGCCACUCAGCGUGGAUGCUAUCAGUGUGGCUGCUGGUGGAAGAUCACCGGACAUGCCCAUCACGCCAACAAUUGAGUUCUCGCCAACGCAGGACGAAGAUAUCCGCUGGGACGAUGACGAGGGCAUCCAUGUAUACGCCGCUCCAUCGGACUUCGAACCGACAGCCGGCAUUGACUCACGAUUUGUCAAUUUGGAAGACUUUGAGGAUUUAAAAGACUUGGAGGGUUUGACAGUGAAGCAGUUGAAGGAGGUGCUGAUGCUGCACCGCGUCGACUACAAAGGAUGUUGCGAGAAGCAGGAGCUUCUCGACCGCGUCAGCAGACUGUGGAAAACCAUGCGCGAGUGUCCAGCUGUUGAAAAACUCGCCACUGAUGAGCUGUGCAAGAUCUGCAUGGAUGCGCCGAUUGAGUGCGUUUUUCUAGAGUGCGGACACAUGGCCACCUGCACGAGCUGUGGAAAAGUGUUGAACGAGUGCCCAAUUUGCCGACAAUAUAUUGUACGAGUUGUAAGAUUUUUUAGAGCGUAAUGAUACGGCUAAUCUUACGGUAACUGGACAUAGUGUAAUGAUGGAAGCCGAUAGCCGCCACAAGCUACAUACAGAUACAGAUCCAGCCCAGCUGUACAAGUUGUACAGCAGAUCCUGAUGAUGCGACUACAACGUAUAUGUUUCCUUAAAUGACGCGAGUGCAACAAUAAUAUUAAUUUGAUUAUUUGGUUCUUCUCUGUAGUAUGUUGCCAGUAUAUAUAUAUGCCUAUAUAUAGUGUAAAACCUGAUAUCGCUUUUAAAGUGUAUUCAUCUAUUUCAAAUGUGAAAUACUUUUGCUAUUUAUUUUGUUUGUUCUUGUUGUUUGUAUAAAAACGAGAGGUUAUCUAGAUCAACUAACAUUCCUAUAAACCGCAAAAAAAAACAUUAAAUCUGUUAUUAACAGUUGUGUGAAAAACUCGUCUAGAUGCGCAUUUAAACAAUAAAUAUUUUCCAAU